AUGGAAACAUUACCCAAGCCAUAUGUUCCGAGCGCUGUUCCCUUGUUUACUGGCCGAGAAGAUGAAAUUGAAGAAAUUACAAACCUUAUAACUGGUCAAUCAACACGACUGCUAAACAUCUGGGGAUCUCCUGGAUUUGGUAAAACAUCCACAGCUAUUGAAGUAGCACGCCAUCUUUUGUCUCUCAAGUGCCCUGUGUAUUUUUUUAAAUUGCAGGGUAUUAGAAAAGCAGAUGAAUUUUUAUCUAAAAUUUUAAGUAUUUUUAAGACUAAUUUAGCAGAUCUUAGUUUAACACCUAUUGACAAGCUAGUAAGUAUUCUAAGAGAAAUUUCGUCUCGAAUUUUUCUUAUAUUUGAUAAUCUUGAUGAUCUUUUGUCGAGUGAAAGCAGUUCCGUUAAACUUACGGGUUUAUUUGGACAAUUGUUAGACAGUAAUGUUUUCGUUAAUGUAGUUUUUACAACAAGGGAGCUUUUAGAAAAUAUGCGCGAUCUAAUAGAAUGUUUUCGAGACAUCCGAAUUCGACCCCUUCAUCCAGUUUCGUCUGUUGAAUUUGUUCGUCAACUUCUACCUUCAUUUUCUGAAAGUGUUGUUGCAAAUGUGACUGGGAUUUCUUCCAAUGUUCCUCUGGCUAUGAAACUUGUUGCUUCGGUAGUUGAAAACAAUAAUGAAGAUAUGGCGAAUAAACUUCUUGAAGAAUUAAGCCUUCCUGGAAAUCUUUUAGAGAUAGGCAGGUCGUACGAGCAAAACAUGAAAAGGUUAUUCGAGACUCCUUUUGAGCAGCUGACGUUAAGUGACAAGCAUACGCUGAUUUCGUUAACUGUGUUUUCUUCUGGCAGAAUAAGUAAAGAUGCUGCAGUUGACGUUAUUUCUGAUGAAAUUGGAGUUGUGAAAGCUGUAGGGAGCCUUAAAACACUUGUGAAUAAAUCAUUAAUUGAUGAAGAUCCCUGUGGAGAAUAUUACUCUAUUCACCCUCUCAUCCAUUCUUUUGUUGUAGAUAAAGCAAAGCAAAGCGAAUUUAAGAAUGUCUUUGAAUCCUCUAGAAUUCUCAUUUGUAGGUAUUACUUUCUUCUUUUUGAAAGGAUUAAUGACUAUUUUCUUUCUGGGAAGUCGGUGGACAUUCCCCAACUGCACGACGCAAUGGAGCAUCUGUCGAUUGCCAUUCAUUAUUUUACGACAAGCACAUGUGGUUUGGAAAAUUGGCAAGAUCUUUUUCGCAUCUUAUCCAAGUCUGAAAUAUUUCUUUUCCUUAUUGGUUUACCCUCCGUUGAAUCGCUAGGUAUCCCCAAAUUAUAUGAUUUUGCUAUAGAAAAAUGCAGAACACAGCAAUACAAUGACGCUUACUCAAAGUUGCAUGUCAGCAAGUAUUUUCAAAGUAUUGGCUUUUCACUGUCGUUCUCGUCUGAAUAUUUAGAAAUACCUGAAGAUAUACGCGAAGACAUCAUGUUGUUAUCGGAUGGUAGUGGUGCAAAAUUAGGUUGUUAUGAAGGAAUUUCACUUAUUUCCAAAGGAAAUAUAAAGUCAGGUAUUGAAUGUAUUGAAAAACAUGUCGAUGGUUUACAAAAUUACGCUGAUCAACAACUUAUAAAAUGUUUAUGCCUGCAACUCCUUGCUCUUUUUUAUACUGAUUUAAAAGAGUGCAGCAAAUCGAGCAAGUUCAGUAGAGAGGCCAUCGAGGUUUGUAAAGAAAUUGGUAAUUACAAUCUCUUUUUAAUUGGUGAUUGUGAUGAAACUCUAUCUAUGAUGCAAAGGGAAAAUGAACGAGAGCAAAUAAUACUGUUUGUCUAUAUGUUGACUAGGUGGUCAAAACAAUUUUUAAGUGAUGAGACACAACUGUACUUUUUAAAUUGUGUUGAUCAAUUAGAGCAACAGCUAGAAAAUAAGGCAUACAACGCUUCCCAAUAUUUAUUUCGAAUAUUGUCUUACGGUGAUUGUCUUUUAGCUAUUCUUGGUGUUCGUGUAGGACAGGAAGUUCUUCUGGAUGAAAAGAUCACGUUUUUAAAAAAAGCAGUGAAGUUUGAUGAUGAUUGUUCCUCGAUAGAUGGAACAUUUCCGAUUAGGUCUGAGAUGUCUGUGAGUUGGUUUUCUGCGCGAUUGCUCAAUUGCUAUAAUUUUCAAAUCGCUAAUGAAGCAAUACAAUCUGUAUGUGUUGACAAAUGUCGUAAUGCACUUGAUCUUUCACUUAAACAGUAUGGUAAACAACAUUGGAAUACCGCAGUGUGUUAUCUUAAUAUGGACUUGGCUGAGAAUCAUGCUGAGAACUAUAUUUCUUCUCUUAAUGCAUUUGAUCAGGCUCUUGAAAUUAUGACAGCCACUCAUGGUGGGAGCAGCAGCAGCAGUGUUACUGAUCUGGCCGAGGUUUAUAUCGGGAAAGGACAAGCGUAUGAAUGCCUAAAAAAUUUUGAGUCUGCUGUUGCAUCUUUUGAUGAAGCACUUAGAAUAAAAAGGAAAUUGUACGAUGAAAGUACUGAAGAAAUCGCUCAAAUCUUAGCUUUGCUAGGGCAAUCGCAAUUCUGUUUCAAUGAUUUAUCUUCUGGUCUUGCAACACUUGAACAGGCUUUGCAAAUAAGGAAAAAACUGUAUGCGGAGAGACCAAGCCCCCACGGGUGUAUAAAGGUAGUUCUAUGUUACUGUAGUGUUGGACACGUGCAUAACGCGCUUGGCAAUAACAUUGAAAGUAUAAAAUAUUUUAAAACUGCACUUGAAGUGAGCACGGAUUGCGAUGAAGAACGUGCAUUUAUACAAAGUUUAAUUUGUAUGCAUCUUAUGGAUUUGAACGUAGAUGAAAACUUGUACAUGGAAUUGUUGCAAAGUAGUUUAUCAUUAAUCAGAGAAAGUCGUAGACCGUUAUUACCUAUACUGUUUUUGACAUUAGGUUCAAAUCAGGUUGAGUCCGGAAAGUAUAAAGCUGGUCUAGCGUUUCUUCAAGAAGCUCUUGAUAUUGAGUUACAGGUCACACUGAGAAGCACUCUUGAUAUUCGAGAGUUGACCGUUUUAUACCACAUCUCAAUGGUUAAAGCUUUAAAUAAUAUUGGAAAGUUUAAAUUGGCGAGAAAGGUAAUUGACAGAGCUACCCAAAUAGCGGAAUCACUUCCUGAAGGAAGCCAAGAUGUUUGGAUCUUUCGAUGUUAUGCGUGGAAGGGCUGCAUUCAAAACAAAAUGCGGGAAUAUAUAACAGCAAUUGAUUUCCUCAAACACGCACUUCUGUGGCUUCCGAAAAUUUCUCAUGAAUCUUGUGAUAAAUUCGACGAAUUUGUUUGUCAUAGUGCGAUUGCAAUAGCUUAUUUCCAUGUUGGAUCUUACAAAGAUGCGCUUACGUCGUUUUAUGAGGCGUUGUCUGUCAUUAAAGGUCGUUUUCUUGAGGGAAGCAUACCUGAAGCUGGAGUAUAUGUCGAUGUGGCCAAAGUCGCCCAAAAAAUGAAAAACAAAACUUUGGAAGUGAGUAACUUGCGCUUGGCGUACAAGAUGCAUUCAAAAGUUCUGGGAGAAAACCACUCCAAGACAGAAAUAAGCUAUAUUGCAUAUAUCAGAGCUCUUAUAGGUCUACGUUAA